AUGGGGACAUUCAUCGUUUCGUUCAUUGGGAACAGCUUCAUCGAAUACGCGCGCGACACGCAGCCGCUGCGGCUGCUCAGCCCAGACCCUGACAAGCAGCGGCGCAUUCUGGUGGUCACCUUCUUCACCAUCAUCAUAGCCUUCAUCACGCUAUUUGGGGUGAUGACGAUCCCGGACAUUGCGCGGGAGGGGGCCGACUUUGUCAACCGGCUCAAGAGCGACAACGUCUGGGUCGUCCUGGUGGAGAAGAUGCGGACGGGCCUGGGGGAGCCCGUGAUGGAGGCGAUUGAGCGUGUGGUGCUGCUGGCCACGGCCAACGACAUCACGCGCGCCGCAGUGGACCAUGGCCACGUGAGCGGGAGGCGGGGCGCAAAGGGGGCCGCCGGCGAGGCGCGGGGAGGGUUGGUUGGGCCGCGGGCGUGGGGAAAUGACAGUGGCGGCCUAGCAGUCACUGAGGAGUGGACUGCGGAGCGCAGUGUGCAGCUGGGUCUGGCUGUGAGCGGCAUGCUCAAGGGCUACACCACCACCGCGGCCACCAUCAUCACCGCCAUGCUCAAGAGCGUCACGCGCUUCACCAUACAGGUGUUUGUGGCUCUGAUCCUGGGGUUCUUCACGCUGUGGGAUCUCCCCCUCAUCAGCAGAGGGGUGGAGAGCCUCAAGCAGUCGCGGCUGGCUCCGUUAUAUGAGGAGGUGGCGCCCGUGCUCGGGGUGUUUGGCAAGCUGUUUGGGAAGGCGCUGGAGGCACAGGCGCGCAUCGCGAUGGUCAACACCGGGUUGACCGCCCUCGGCAUGUGGGCCCUGGCCAUCCCCGGCGUCGGCCUGCUGUCCCUCUUCGUAUUCAUCUGCAGCUUCAUCCCCAUCGCGGGGGUCAUCAUAUCCACCACGCCCAUCGGGUUCGUGGCCCUCACCGAGUACGGCUUCAUGAAGCUGGCGCUCGUCAUACUCAUGGUCACGGGCGUCCACUUCGUGGAGGCCUACGGCCUCAACCCGGCCAUCUACAGCGCGCACCUCAAGCUGCACCCCCUCAUGGUCCUGUGCGCCCUGGUGGUGGCAGAGCACAGCCUGGGGGUCUGGGGGCUGCUGCUGGCGGUGCCGCUGACGGUCUUCGCCCUGGACUACCUCAUACGCUACCCGGACUCCUCUGUGACCGAGGUCGGUGCGAAGGAGUUGGAAAAGGUGGGCACGCAGCGCGGCCGCGGCGGCGGCCCCCACCCCGCGUCCAACAGCGUCAAGCCGUGA